CCUGUGCCCGGCGCUGCCACCGCCCGCCAUGGAGCCAAGCGGGGCCCGGGCCUGCCUCGGCUACUGCCGCACGCACAAGGGGCUGGUGAUGCUCGGAGAGAUCGCCCUGUGCGUCCUGGCCCUCGUGUGCUUCGGGGCCUCGCGCUCCCCCGGUUACUCGGGGCUGGCGCUGGCGCAGUUGGUGCUGGCGCUGCUGCUGCUGCUGGUGUGGGGCUGCCGCCUGCCCCGCCUGCGCCUCGUGCACUGGGGCUGGACCGACUUCAUCCGCUGCGUGGUCGGGGCCCUGCUCUUCCUCAUCACCUCCCUCAUCGUCAUCAUCGGGCACCGCGACGGCGCCGGCACCGCGGCGGGGGUCUUCGGGCUCCUGGCCGGGCUCCUGCUGGGAUACGAUGCUUACGUCACGCUGCCGACGCGGCAGGGCCCCACCGCGACCCCUACUGAGUCCCCGGAUGGAGCCUGACCGCCCCACCCCCACCCCCACUGACCCCCACCCCCCC